AUGCCAAGCAGUAGCAGAAUUACUUCUUUACAUUUCCUACCUCCCAUUGCCAGUGAAAAUUGCCCUCCAAGUUUUGAGAAGUUGUGUUCAAUUAAGGCAACUCAGAUUGAAUGCCAAAAGUACGAAAUUGAUCUAGGCAUCAAGGAGGAAUCUCUCAAAGAACUCAUUCCCAAGCCAGCGACUUCAUGUGAAGAUCCCCCACUCUACCUCUGCCUAAGAAUGGGCAAACCUUCAAAUAAAAGAAUUCCAAAGUCUACUCCAAUUAUGUCAUAUGGAAAGAAACGGAUGAGACCAGAGUAUUGGUUUAGCAUUCCAAGAAAUAGGUCAGAUGAGUUAUACAACUUCUUCCAGCUCUGGGCUCCUGAUAUUUAUGGAGAACUACAGGAGGAAGAGAUAUUCUCUAAGGGAUUCAUCCUCGUAGAAGAGGACACAGAACUCUGGGAUGAGGAGGAGCAUGAGGAAGGGGAAAUUGGUGACAGUAUAGGAGGAGAGCUCAAGGACAUGACCAAAGAAUCUUGGGAGGUAAGGUUGGAAAUUCAACAUGCAGAAGCAGGAAAGGGGUAUGGUUUUAAGUAUAUUUGUUUCUCUCUUCAGAAUUGAUGAAAUGUAAAAAAUAUGAAAGAAAA